AUGGAACAGAAUCGACGACGCCCUAUGGGGCAUUUUCCAGUUCCUAGACCGAUAAAUCCUGGAGACGGGAAUCCAGUUGAUUUGGGUAGAGUACAAGUGGAUCCUAAUGCGAGGACUCGUAAAGUACGUUGGAGUGACGAAAUGGAUGGUCUUAUGAUCACUUCACUGGUUGAACAAGUGUUGGCUGGGCACAAACAAACUGACAAUGGCUUUACUUCAUUUCAAGUUUCGAAGGCAAUGGAAAAGGUUUUCAACGGAUGUGGGGUCAUAGUGUCAGAUAAGAAUGUGAGGACAAGGUUGAAGACUCUUAAAAAGGACCAAGCUGAAGUGCGACAGUCGCUGAACAUGAGCGGUUUCGGGUUGGAUCCCGAAACAGAACGCAUUGUAGCGGAUCAAGUUGCGUGGGACGAAUUUAUUAAGGGAAAGCCAGAAUUCGGGAAGUGGAGGACCAAACUUUGUCCAAGAUAUGAUGACAUGGAGACUAUAUUUGGCAAUGAUGCAGCCACUGGAGAUCGCGCGGUGUCUGGUUUCGACCAUUUCUCCCCAUUCAAUGGUAUUUAA